UAAAUACUAAUAAAAAAAUGUCUUAUACAAUAAGUCCAUGAGAGUGAAAAAUAAUUGCAAGAUUGCUAUACAAUUUGCAAAAAAUCACAAUUAAAGUGUCGAUAGAAUUUCUUAGAAGGAUUAUUAUUUAACUAUGCAAAGGGUUAAUCGAUUACUCAAGCACACAACAAGUAAAUUUGAUUUUCUUGUUGGAGCAAAAAAACUCUUAUCGACAUGGUCUCCAUUAGCAACGGUGUUUAAUAGUCGGCCAGUGGUGAGACUGAACUUAAUUCAGGAGAAGACGGGGCUUUUCGGAAAUCCAAAAUUAGCGUUACGCGACGGGUUUCUCCUUAUGCAAGAAGACGCCAUAUUACGUACAGAAGUGUUGAUGGAAGAGGCAAUCUCAAUGACUCGCAAACGAAAAUCCGUCGAAAUAUUCGAUGAAAUAUCGGAUACUCUAUGUAAAGUAGCAGAUUUGGCAGAGUUUGUAAGAAUAGCUCAUCCAGAAGCACAAAUUCGCAUGGCAGCUGAAGACGCUUGUAUCAGUAUAAGUGGAAUGGUAGAAAAACUCAACACACAUAGAGAACUCUACAAGUCGUUAAAAACAGUUACUGAUAAUGGUGACAAUUUUACGACUGAUUUUAUUGAUGAUCAUGUAGCUGAGUUAUUUUUAUUUGAUUUUGAGCAAUGUGGUAUACACUUAGAGGAGACUCAGCGCCGCAAAGUUGUCUAUUUGAACAAUUGUAUACUACAAUGCGGACAGAAAUUCAUGGCGGGCGCAGUUGAGCCACGAGCCGUUAGAAAAAGUAUGUUACCUCAAAGGUUACAUCAAUUUUUUCCUCAUGACGAUGACAAUUUGUACAUUUCGGGCUUAUUUUCUGAUUCACAUGAUGCACAAGCAAGAGAGGCAGCGUACAAAUUGUUCCUUUUCCCUACCAUUGACCAAGAAAAGCUUCUUCAUGAAUUAAUAACAACACGACAUGAAUUGGCAGUUACAUGUGGCUUUAAAACAUAUGCUCAUCGAGCUCUUAAAGCUAGUACCAUGGAAACUCCGGAAAACGUUAAUGCCUUUUUAGAUGUUCUCAGUAAGGAACUAAAACCACGUGCUGCAAAAGAAUUUGCACUUAUGCAUGAAAUGAAAAAACGCGAUACAGGUCAUGACACUCCUUUAGCAGGAUGGGAUGUUCCAUAUUUCACUGCUAUGCUCAAAAAACAACAUUUGAAAGUCUCAGCUGCCGAAUUCGCACCAUACUUUAGUUUAGGAAGUUGUAUGGAAGGAUUAAAUAAUCUGUAUAAAAGCUUAUUUGGAAUUUCGCUGGAACAUCGAGACAUGCUUCCCGGGGAAAGUUGGACAGCCGACGUCUACAAACUAGCAGUGGUCGACGAGAAAGACGGUCUUUUAGGAUACAUAUACUGUGAUUUCUUUGAACGUUCAGGAAAACCAAAUCAGGACUGUCAUUUUACCAUAAGAGGGGGAAAGCAACUCCCAAAUGGCGAAUAUCAGCUACCAAUCGUUGUGGUAAUGCUUAAUUUGACUCUUCCCCGAUGGUCAGACCCAAGUUUGUUGUCACCAGCAAUGGUAGAUAAUUUGUUCCAUGAAAUGGGUCAUGCGAUGCACUCUAUGUUGGCACGCACAAGAUAUCAACAUGUCACUGGAACACGAUGUAGUACCGACUUUGCAGAAGUUCCAUCUGUUUUAAUGGAGUACUUUGCCAGUGAUCCACGAGUUUUAGGUUCAUUUGCAAAGCAUUAUCAAACACAAGAACCCAUGCCAAAGGAAAUGAUUGAAAGAUUAUGCGAUUCAAAACAACUUUUCUCAGCGAGUGAAACCCAGUCUCAAGUAUUUUAUUCGGCACUCGAUCAAGCAUAUCACGGACAGCCAUUGAAAGCUGGACAAAACACGACGCAAUUAAUGAAAGAGGUACAGGCCAAAUAUUUUGGAUUGCCGUAUGUUGAACGAACAGCUUGGCAAUUAAGAUUUUCCCACCUUGUUGGUUAUGGGGCAAAAUAUUACUCUUAUUUAAUAUCCCGAGCGAUCGCUUCAUGCAUUUGGAAUGCUUACUUUGAUGCAGAUCCUUUUUCGAAAGAUAUGGGUGAAAAAUAUAGACGAGAAUGCUUAGCAUAUGGAGGAGAAGUGCCCAGCCGCGAACUCGUUUCUAAUUUUUUGCAAAAAGAUAUAACACCAGAUAAUCUGACGAAAAAUCUAAUUGAAGAAAUUGAUAUAAACAAUGAUAAAAUAAAUUUUAUUCAUGAAAAGAGGAAAUAAAAAUCAUGCAAUAA